AUGGCUCACCGGCCACCUCCCGCGGGGCCAGCGAACUCUAAUCAGCUUGGUGAUGCCCCAGCGAACCCCGCUGAAACCGACGGCACUCCUCCUGCGCAGCCAGCCCACUGGGUAGCAGAAAAGUUGGCCUCCUGGGGUUCAGGGUACAAAAAUAAACAGCCUAAGAGGUCUGGCCUAAGCAGCAUAAGCUGGCCUACUAAUUUCGUCUCUUAUGCUUCCAGCAGCCAAUUCUUCUGA